UUUGAAAUAGGUUGUUUUUGUCUACGGACUGAAACACAAUAUUGGUAAAACUCCAGAUUGUGGCUUUAAUCUCACAUUUCCUCAUUGCGAGUUACGCAAGAGAUGACCCCUUGACUCAGUCUAAGUAUGAAGGUAGCACGAGUUUUAUAGACCGUAUAUCUAAUCAGUAUGGACCAUAGGAAAUAAACUAAAACAACACUUUAAACUGCAUAUUUAUUUUAUAGUGCAGAACAUGUUACCUUGCUUUGCGCCAGAAACGUGUCAGCUAAAUGUUAUGUUGCCAUCAAAGCAAGUUUUAUCAAACUAUAACAGAGGGCAGGACAAUCGCGCGGGGGUAUCUCUUCUUUCAUAUAUUAAUGGAUGAGUUCGUUACAUAUUUUAGAUCAUAUUUUAGAUCAUGCCAUUGUCUAUUGGUCGCAAAACGGAAUCUCCACCGCCGGGGCACCGGGCCAUGCAAAACGAAAUGCACUCAAUACUUACUUCUACGUGCAACGUUAUGCUGCCAUAAACACUCCCUUUUUUUCCCUCAAGUCAUUUACCCUACAAAACCUGCCCAACCAUUCCUACACUCUCAUAUCAGCUGAAAGAAUUUAUAGAGGUCGGAUCCCUGUGGAUACCUUGGACGAAUAAAGUCUGCAGGAUGGCAACUAAAUGCACAGGCUGUGGACCUGGCUACAAAAGUCCACUGGAUGCCAUGAAGGGUCCACGUGAGGAGAUUGUGUACUUGCCCUGCAUUUAUCGCAACACUGGAAUCAAAAAACCAGACUACCUUGCCACUGUCGAUGUGGACCCCAAGUCUCCUACUUAUUGUCAGGUCAUCCACAGACUGCCCAUGCCCAACCUGAAUGACGAGCUACACCACUCUGGUUGGAACGCCUGCAGCAGCUGUUUUGGCGACUCAUCCAAGAAGCGCAACCGACUUAUCCUGCCCUCGCUCAUCUCCUCCCGGGUCUACAUAGUGGACACUGGGACAGACCCCCGCGCGCCACAGAUGCACAAGAUUGUGGAGCCCACAGAUAUCUUCUGGAAGACGGGCCUGGCCAACCCCCACACCACACACUGCCUGGGCAAUGGCCAGAUUAUGAUCAGCAGCAUCGGAGAUCCAUCUGGCAAUGGAAAAGGUGGCUUUAUCUUGCUGGAUGGUAAAACGUUUGAGGUGGUUGGUAACUGGGAGCUGCCUGGUGAGGCGGCACCUUUUGGUUAUGACUUCUGGUACCAGCCCCGACACAACGUCAUGAUGAGCACCGAAUGGGGAGCGCCCAAAGCCCUCGCCUACGGUUUCAACCUGGAACAUGUCAAAGAAGGUCUCUAUGGAUCGAAGAUCCACGUGUGGGACUGGACCACUCACAAGCGGCUACAGUCCCUGGACCUGGGGGAGGAGGGCGCCAUUCCUCUGGAGAUCCGCUUCCUCCAUGAUCCCGCCGCCACGGAGGGCUACGUCGGCUGUGCACUCCAAGGAACCGUCUUCCGUUUCUACAGGACACCAAAAGGAGAAUGGGCUGCUGAGAAGGUUAUCCACGUCCCCAGUAAGAAAGUGGAGGGAUGGGCUUUGCCAGUGAUGCCAAGUCUGAUCACAGAUAUUCUGAUCUCUCUGGAUGACCGCUUCCUAUACUUCAGUAACUGGCUGCAUGGAGACAUACGACAGUAUGACAUCACAAACAGGAGGAACCCACGUCUGGCUGGCCAGCUUUUCUUGGGAGGGAGCAUCCUAAAUGAUGGCCCUGUCAAAGUACUGGAGGACCCAGAGAAUCAGAGCCAACCACCCCCACGCAUAAUUAAGGGGAAGAGGAUCCCAGGGAGCCCCCAGAUGUUGCAGCUCAGUCUGGAUGGGAAGAGACUGUAUGUCACCACCUCUCUCUACAGUGGCUGGGACAAGCAGUUCUACCCAGAAAUGAUCAAGGAGGGUUCUGUUAUGAUGCAGAUUGACGUGAACACAGCCAAUGGUGGCCUCAAGGUGAAUAAGAACUUCCUGGUCGACUUUGGGAAAGAGCCCAACGGCCCGGCCUUGGCCCACGAGCUACGAUACCCUGGGGGAGACUGCACCUCCGACAUCUGGCUGUAAAGUCACGCAGGAGGCCCCAGUUUUCCCUCUCAUUCCCAUCAUACUUUACAUAGACUUCAUGUAACUCAUAUUAGUUGGGAACGGGUGGGGAAGGAGGCAUACACUCGAGCCUCAUGCCCGAUAAUGCUGCCUAUUCAUUCUCAUGCCCGAUAAUGCUGCCUAUUCAUUCCAUGCUGCUUUGCUUUAAAUGCAUAAUUGUGCCUUAAGUCAUUAUCUCAUAGACCAAAUGUUCUUUGUUACUUCCAAUGCCAGUGGUGAAACUGAGGUUUAAAAAAAAAUAAACAAUUUCUAACAUAUGGAAUUCAUAGACUAACAUCUGAUGGCGACGUACUGUUUUAAGAACAUGAAGACGAUAUAAUUUUUCAUCAUUCCUUAAUGGCCUGAGUGUGUGUUCAGCAGGGUUGAAUGAAUCUGUAUGUCUGGAUUAUUGUUUACUCUUAAUUUAAUAGUAAAAUAGAUGGGUGUAGUGAAACAUGUUGUUUUACAGGGUUAGCCAUAGUAGUACAGUGCCCCUAUAGUAAAUUAGGGUUAAGUGACUUGCUCAAAUGCACAACAGGUUUUUCACUUUGUCGGCGCAGGUAUUUAAACCAGAAACCUUUCAGUUAGUUACUGGCCCAACGCUCUUAACUACUACGCUAACUACCUCUAACCACCAGUCUACCAAUUCUGCUACAUUAAUAAUGGUUUGCAUAAUUUAUUAUAUAGUUCAGUUGAUUUAAAUACUCAAUGACAACAUGUUCAUUUGCAAGAUAUUAAUGGUUUUAAAUAAUACAUUGAAUAAAUGUACUGCAUAUUCCUA